AUGGAAGAAGAACUGCCAGCCAUUGUACUCGAUAUAGGAUCAGCAUUUACAAAAGCUGGAUUUGCAGGUGAUGAUUAUCCACGUGGAUCCGAACCAAUGCCCACACUCGUUGGUCUUCCAAAGUCUAGUGUUGGAGUGCAGGAGACUGCUGGAGAUGUGGCCUUCCUCAGACGUUAUCAAUUUAGAAUAGUUCAUCCAGUGAAAAGAGGUUUAAUUCAGGAUUGGGAUUGUUUGGAGAAAUUAUUAUAUUAUUCAUAUUGGACAUGGUUGAGAUCACAUCCGAAAACUUAUGGUGUGUUGUGGAGUGAAUCAAGUUUGAAAUUGGAUAGAAAAAAGAUUACUCAAUUGAUGUUUGAAAAGUUUGAAGUACCUGCUUUUCAUUUGGUCAAUCAAGGAGUUUUGGCAUUGAUGGCAACUGGACGAACGAAUGGAAUAGUUUUGGAGGUAGGAGAUGGAUGUUCACAAUCUAUUCCAGUUGUGGAAGGGUAUGCAUUGAGACAUGCAAUAAUGGAAGUGGAUUUUGCUGGAUACGAUUUGACAAGGUAUUGGAUGGAGAGUGUUGGAGCUAGUUCUGAAUUUGCAAGUGACACAAUUUUAAACCAUGAUGUUAUGCGAAUAAUGAAAGAAAAAUUGUGUCAUGUUGCUUUGGAUUAUGAAUCGAGUAAGAAUGAUACUUCAGUAGUGGAAUAUGAAUUACCUGAUGGAAGUAUAAUUAAAGCAGGUAAUGAGCGAUUCAAAUGUGCAGAAUUACUCUUUCAACCACACCUUAUUGGAUUGGAUAUUUUGGGAAUUCACGAGUCUGUCAUUACUUCAAUCAGAAAGUGUGAUAUUGAUUGUAGGAAACUCAUGUUUAAUAAUAUUAUUCUAUCAGGUGGGUCAACAUUGAUGAAGGGUAUUGUUGAGAGAUUGAGAAAUGAAUUGGUUGAAUCGACUUCUUCAUGUACUAAAAUUGCUGUAAAAGAUGUUCCAGAAAGAAGAUUUCUACCAUGGAUCGGAGGUUCUAUUGCUGCUUCCUUAUCCACUUUUCAAUCACUGGCUAUCUCAGCAACAGAAUUUGCCGAAGCUGGAAGUAACAUCUUGUACAGAAAGUACCAGUGA